GCCAUGACGUGGAACAUACAAACUCGUGACGUCACAUUUUUAGUGUACACAUCUUAAUGGAACAUUACUCUCCGCGCACGUGUUGGCAAGAAAACGACGGAGAUGUCCAAAUUAAUUAGCAGUGAUAAUAUUGACUUUGAUUCUUUUAAGCGACUCCAUGGACCCCAAUUGCAGACCGUUCCCAAAAGGUUUUGGGAAUCAUUAUUCAACAAACUUCGUGGACAGGUCUUUGAUGCAGGGGAAAUGUUUACGAUUCUACUGAUAGAUUACGAUGAAGAGGAAGAGAAAGAUGAAGACAACAGACCCCUAUGGAAGGUGGUCACACUUUCGGACAUGGCAGCAGACGAUGGAAAACACAUCUACCUGAUUGACCAUGCCUGGACAUAUGAUGUAAGAAAUGCUGAAAAGCAUCUGCAGCAAAUUCCAAGUCUCGUAGACAGAAUGGCUUCUUUGAUGAAUAUUCCUGUAGUUGAAAAAUCCUCCGAUGAAAUUAUCCAAGAAAUUCUCAAUAAAAUGUGGCUAUACAAUCAAGUUUACAGUUUUGGUCAUGAACGAAAGGGUUCUGAUGAAGCGAUGCCACUUUGGUAUGUUAUGGAUGAAUUUGGUUCCCGGAUCCAACAUUCAGAUGAUCCAUCUUUCGGUAUUGCUCCAUUCUACUAUGCUUUGGAUCAAUUAUGUUAUUCUGUGAUGUUUCCUCUUAAAGACUUGCAGGCUAAAGAUGAAGUCUCAAGGAAUUACCUUCAGAAACGGUACUCCGAUGUGGAGCAUUCUGCUCGGCUCAUCCCCUGGCAAUAUUCCGACUUUACUGAUAUUGAUUACAUUCCUAAGGAACCCUCCGAUGCUUACUUUUAUGAAUGUCGCUCUAAAUUUACCCUUCCCGAUGAGGAUGAGGAACCCUUUGUGAUGAAGAAGGACAUCCUGAAGGUCUACAUGGACUAUGAUACUAUGGAUGGCCAUUUGACUGACCCACGUUUUGUUGUUGUUGAUGACCGUGAAUCAGCUGAUAUUUUAUUUGUGAAAGAAAAUUUGAAGAAUUUCAAAAAUCUGCAUCAAUUUGUCAAUCAGUUCCCAAACGAAUGUCUUGUCACUGUAAAAGACUUGUUGGCAGUAACCGGACGACGGUCUGAACUGGACCGUCAAAAUGAAGAUACCUUAGAAUAUGGACCAUCGUGGCUGCCCGUCACCUAUAACCUCAAUACUGAGUUACCUCAGUUUGUAUCCUAUUUCCAGCACCGAAAGAAAAGAAAUCUGGAUAACAUUUGGAUCUGCAAACCAUGGAAUCUUGCCCGUGCCCUUGACUCUCAUAUAACUGACCAGCUCCCUUAUAUCGUCAGACUUCAGGAAUCAGGACCCAAGGUUGCUUGCAAAUAUGUUGAAGAUCCAUUGCUGAUCAAGUUUGAAGAAGUAGGAUCUGUCAAGUUUGACAUCCGAUAUAUUGUUUUGUUGAGAAGUGUGAAGCCGUUGAAGUUGUAUGCGUACCAAUGUUUCUUCCUUCGAUUCUGUAACAAGGUUUAUUCUUUGCACAACUUCAACGAUUACGAGAAACAUUUCACUGUGAUGAAUUAUGAUGAUAAUACUCCUUUAAGACAGGUUAACUACGAUGAGUUUAUUCCAAUCUUCAACAGCCAGUAUCCCGAAUAUCCCUGGGAGGACAUAGAAAAAGACAUCUUUAAAUCCUUUCGCAGUUUAUUUCUGGCUGCCACGAAAGAACCCUUCCCCAGAGGAAUCACCCACUCCCCUCAAUCAAGGGCCAUGUAUGGCAUUGAUUUCUUGCUUAAAUGGGGCUCUGAUGAUAAAGGCAAUAAAAAAAUCCUGCCUGUUAUCUGCGAAGUGAAUUUUGUCCCGGACUGUCAACGUGCCAACAAGUAUCACCCGUCUUUCACUAACGAUGUUUUCAGCUGCCUCUUUUUAGAUGACAUUGAAAACCGACCGAUUAUAGAAAUAUGAACAGCAACAGUUAAAGCGAUUAACAGUUAAAUUGUUGAAUAAGUUGUAAAGGAAU